AUGAUCUACGUUGUCGCCACCAUCGAGUUGGCCGAAGGCAAACGCGAGGAGUUUCUCGAAGCCUUCCGCCAGGUGAUGCCCAAAGUGCACGCUGAGAAGGGCUGCCUCGAAUACACCCCGGCCAUCGACCAAGAGACCGCCAUCCCCGCCCAGCCAGAAGCCCGCGAGGAUUUCGUGGUCGUGAUGGAGAAAUGGGAAAGUGUCUCCGCCCUCGAGGCUCACCUCAUCGCCCCCCACAUGAACGAAUACCGCUCGCAGGGAACGCCCUCCGUGGCGUUCCGAGCACCACGGAAAUUCACGGAUGCCACAGAGGGCAUUCCCCACAGAGUUCGUGAAUCGGUAGCCGCGGGGCGGCCGUUCGUGUUGUGUCGCUUGGUCGAAACGCGCGGAUCGACGCCGCAAAAGCCGGGGGCGACGAUGUUGGUCUAUGCCGACGGAUCGCAGGCUGGAACGCUCGGUGGCGGAUGUGUCGAAGCGGAAGUGAAACGCCGGGCACUCGAGAUCGCUGCAGGUGGUUCGCCUGAGAUCGCCACCUUCCAACUCGAUAGCGACUACGGCUGGGACGAUGGGCUGAUUUGCGGCGGGCGGAUGAAGAUUGCCCUCGAGCCCUUCGGCCCCGAGAGCGAUGCCGAUUACAUCCUGGAAGUCGCCCGACAGUUCGAGAGCGACACCGGCGCGAUCGAAGCGGUCGUGUUCGACAGCGAAGCCACGGGAUUGCCGGCCCCCAGUAAUUACCUUUUCGCCGAAGACGGAACGCUCAUCGCCCACUGUCGGGCUGAACUGCAAGACGGCGUCGCUCCAGAAGCGGUUCUGUCGCGGAUGCCCGACAUUUCGCAACGCCCCCGCCCGUUGGCUAGCCACGGGGUGGCAUACUUACCGCUGCUGCCAAGGUGCCGGCUGGUGAUCGUCGGCGGCGGGCACGUCGGCCAAGCGGUCGCACAACUCGCCGACGGUGUCGGCUUCAAUGUUUGGGUCGUCGACGAUCGGGCCGACAUUGUCUCCGAAGAACGGUUCCCCACCGCCGAACGUCGCAUCACUGGCGAUGUGUCGAAGGUGCUGCCAGAUUUGGAGAUCACUUCUUCGACCUAUUGCCUUAUCGUUACGCGUGGGCACAACCACGACGAAGAAGCCCUCUAUCACUUGGCCGAACGCGGCGCCCGUUAUGUCGGCAUGAUCGGCAGUAAGCGGAAAAUCAAAAUGAUUUUCGACGACUUGCUCAACGAGGGCAUCUCGCCUGAUGCCCUGCGUCAGGUCUACGCUCCCAUCGGGCUCGACAUCGGUUCGCAAACCGUCAGCGAGAUCGCCAUCAGCAUCGUGGCUGAGUUGAUCGCUCACCGAAACCGCGGCGGCGAAGUUGUUGGCCGAUUGCCGGCGGUUACCCUGGACGUGGUGAAGUGA